AGUAAUCUCUCUCUAUAAACUUCACAUUCUUCUCCUCUUAUGUGGUAAAUGUAAUAGUAAGUAAACUGUGCUUUUGGGAUUUUCAGAAGCAUGAAGAGUUUCUUACCGUUGACCAGAAAGCAAAACGCUUUACCAGCUCUUGUCCUGUUUCUACUAUUAUCCGUAUCAGAGCUAGCUUCAAGUCAACCCGCACAACACAGCCACAGGCUAGCUCUCACAAUAAAUUUGGUCAUUUUUUGUGUAAUCGCCAUUCUCUUAAUCUUGGCAUUCCUCUCCGACUGCAUCCGCCGCUGCAACGAAGCAGUCAACGGCAGCGUUGACCCUUCCGUAGGAGGAGCGAGGGGAGAGACUAACGCGACAGUUGCGCGUGGUAUCGACGCGUCGAUGAUCGAUACGUUCCCGACUUUCGUCUAUUUGGAAGUGAAGACACAGAAGAUCGGGAACGGUGCGUUGGAGUGUGCAAUCUGUCUGAACGAGUUUGGGGACGAUGAAACGCUGCGUUUGCUUCCUAAAUGCGACCACGUGUUCCAUGCUCACUGCAUCGGUGCAUGGCUACAGGGUCACGUGACUUGUCCCGUUUGCCGCACGAAUCUAGCUUAUAGCCAGCAGCAGAUGGCUGAACCUGUCGAACCGGAAGUAAUAACCGAAACGGAUAUCGAGUCCCAACAAACUGUGAAUCCCGAACCGGCAGUGGAGCAAGGAGAGAAUGUUGCACGUGUCAAGUUCUCAAGGUCACACACGACGGGACAUUCGGUGGUGUUACCUGGAGAAUGUGCCGACCGGUUUACGCUAAGGUUACCGGAUGAUUUAAGAAAUAAGCUAAUGGCGAGUGGGAAAAUGACCCGGUCGAAGAGUCUUUUGAUUCUACCAAGGAGUACUGGUAAACCGGUUGACCGGUCACUGGAUCGAUGGGACCAGUGGUUAUUCAUCAAAACACCGCCGUUUAUGUGGCGGAGCCGGGACGAUGGUUCUAUUAGACGAGGUCGUGGUGCUAGCAUUUAAGCAAAUUCAGUCAGGUGGACUUUUCUUAGAAACACGUCGUGUUUGUGGAGGAGUACGCCGGUUCCUUAGCCGAGAGUUGAAGUUAAUAAGGACGGUGAAGGAACAUCAUCGGUUCAAAUUCAACGUACCAAGACAAUUGGUUUAAGUUUGUUUGGUUGUCGGUUUAGCUGGCUAGAAUUUUAA